UCGGCGUACGGACGCGUUUUGUAACCCCGGAAAAGUGAUAUCCCAGUGGCAACCACCACCCACCGCCCGUUUGUGUGCGGUUCGCGUUUCGUUCUUAGCCAGCCGCGUGCGCCAGUGUGUUUGUGUCCGCAAAGUUUAAGACGAGCGAAUUUCCACUUGUUUGCUCGUGCGCUGUCGUGAUCGGCAACGACCGACCGGGAGGAAAAUCUAGUCGGCAAGAAGUGCGUAAUCGCUGGCGAUCGUAUAAGGGAGUGAUGGUGAUGGCGUUUUCGCUGUGUCGGGGUGUUGGCGAUUUUUCCUUUCGUUUGGCGCGGCCAAUAUGAGAGUGCAGUUCAGUGUAGGACCAAGGGUGCGUAGCAGUUUCCGACGAGCCGCGAUCGCGAUCGCUUAGAACUGCUUGCCCCGUUGCUGUUUGAAUUCUAAUUUUCCGCUGCGAAAUUAGCAUAACCGGUCCAGGCCUAUCACAGCUCGAAUGGAAAGAGUUGAUCCAUUUUUUAUUGCAUGCGCGAUCGUCGGCAGUGUAGAAGAAUAAUUUCAUCAGUGUUAUAUUUUCGAUGCUUGUGCAUUUUUGCGUUAUCUGCGCUUAUACAAGAAAUCCUUCAUUAAUUCAGCAAACAAACGCGACAACCACGAUAGAAAACGAGUGUAUAAAGUAGAAACAAAAUUCAAAAAAAUGUAAAAAUUUUCAGAAGAAAACAUCAACCUGGAUGGGAGGAUUGCAGAAAUCCUCGGUGAAGCGAAAAUAAAACGAAGAAAAAAUCGAAGAAAGUGGAAAUUUUACGAUCAAGAAUCCAGAGAGUGCAACAGACCGCCGAAGAAUGCGUGUUUACAGCGCAUGUUUAUCUGGAAUUACUGCGAUAUCAGCCAAUCAGUGAUGUAGUGCAAACAGAUAGGUCACAUAGAACAGCUGGAAUAUGUGAAACAUGAUCUUUGUUCAAUAUACAAAAUUUAUUCGGAAUUGUUAAAUCUAGUGCCUACCAAGCUGUUUGAAUUGUGACACAAAUUGAAUCAAUCGCGUUGAUAUAUGUGAUCCAUUAUCAUGGAGAAAGAAAAGGAAAAGUUGAAAGCCCAUCGAAAACGAUCGUCGGAUUGCAAACGGGAGAAUCUCCCGACCCCUCCACCCGAUCCGACAUUGGGGUUGUGUUCGGGUGCUUCCAUGCCGACGCCUACCGGUGCCGAUAGUUCGAUGGAUUUAUCCGCCGAUAACAGCUUGGAAACGGAUCCAUUCAAAAGACUUUUCACGUACAACGAGCGCGAAAGUCUGUUUUUGAAGCUUUUAUGUGAUAGUGAUACCAGUUCUAGCAUAAACAGGAUACUGCAUUCUCCGGUGGGAAGUGUUGGGGAAGGGGAAUCCAGUGCGGGAACUCCGGCACCGCUGCCAACACUUAAGAUCGAAGGUUCCGAAGCAGCGUUCGAUUCGCCCAACGAAUUCCUCAUGCUGCUCAACCGGACGGGACCUUCGGUUGCGGCGGCUCUGUCUACUAAGGGUGCCCUCGAUCAACUAGACCGGUUACAUGAUCUCAUCAAGCAGUUACUGACGCUUCAGGAGCAGAACAUGCGGAUGCACUGGCAAUUGAAGAACGUGGAGAUGAUUCGCAAACUGAAGCUGAUGCAAAAUUCGAUUAAUAAAGAUCCGGAGGCAUAUUUGGUUAGCACCCAAGACGAUAAUUCCGACAAUGAUUUGCUGGACAGUGAAAUCGAACAUAACUUGGCAUUAUUGGAAACCAUACUCGCAGCUGGGAAUAGUGCCAGUAGCAAACGAAGCGGUUCAAAAAGGGAACGCAGCAAAUCCGUCAUCAACGAUGAGAUCUCCGGGUUCUACCAGAGCAUGAGCAUGAACAGCAGCAAGGAGAGUGGUCGCAACUACCCUCUCCGACGCCAGAGUGCCAUAUCCGACUUCAAGCCAAAGGUGUCCAAGUGGACCAAAGUGAAGGCUGCCUUCAAGUGGGAGAAGACCAGUGCACUGCCCGCGGCCAGCGAGAUCAAAGCUUCCGAAGCGAUGAUGAUUCCUGUGAACAACGAAGUUGCGCGUUACCUCCGAGUGCCGUCGGUGCCUUGCGUGGGUAGUUCCGGCGAUUCGGUAUUCAGCUCCUCUUCGGGUAUUGUCGUUAGCGGAGGGUCUGGACCGGGAACACCGGGGGAUGACAACAGUUUGGCCAGUUCCACCGAAGAUCUCACCGAUAUGGUCGACGAUAGUCGGGGUGCACAAACUGCAAAACGGGAUUCAGUGAAGAGUACGGAUCAUCCUCGGGUCUACGAUGAGGAAGCUCGACGUAGUAAAUCCUUGGAUGGGGAUGCCAUUCUGGAUCCCAUUCGACAAAUGGAUAAGAAUAAGAACAAAUCGGCUUGGAGUAAGGUGAAGGGCAUCGUGAAAAAUCACCGAGGAUCGCUCAAGUCGAACGGAUCGCAACGGCGGAAGUCCAAGUCUUCUAACAGUGUUGGCUGCAGCCGUGAAGCCAGUCCUUGUGAGUCGAUGGAGGCAUGUGAGCUUCAACGCGAACGCUCAGAUUCGUUUUCCUCGAAUCAAACCUCCCCUAGUCAUAGAAAUAAUACUCCCACCCUGCUGGCGCUACCCUCCGGAGACAACAACAGUUGUCCGAACUCACCAUGUGGUUCUCUGCCGGCUACAUUCUCCAGUGAUGAUAACGAAUGGAAACCGUCGGAGAACAAGUUGGGUCGAAGCGGAAGUGGCGACAAGGGAGCUCAAGGUUCCAAAGAUUCUGGCGGAAGUCGUGGCUCUCGUAAGAGCAAACACAUACCUGAGAUUGAGUCUGUACCUGAGGGAGUUCCUAUUGAUACAAAGUUAACCGCCCGUAUUAAGAAAUCUCCUCCGAAGCCACUGACCCUUAGGCAGGAAGCAUUAGAUGUGGAAUCAUUUGGAGAGCAUUCGCUGUCUUCUCCGGGAUCUCAAAAGGAAUAUUCCAAAUCGUCGCCUAAGCGGAAAAGCUACGGAGGUGAUGAAACUUCAGCACCUGAAAGCCCCAGCAAACCCUACGAAUUCUUCGGAGGCGACAUGGAAGACUUCUCAAGUGAGGAAAUCUCCGACCAAAACACUCCUCAUCGGCGCUCCUCACCAAAGACUAAAAAUCUCCUUCGUCAGAGAGAAGAUAUCGAACGCCGCUACAUGGAACUACAGAAGAAACUUCAACGUGAAUUCGAUGCCAAACAGCAAGAGUGGGAACGAUUACGACCCGCCGCCCUGCUACUCACCAACAGUCCAAUUUUCCUCCUAGUUAAUCAAUUCCUGAAGGACGACUCCCCGGCAAGUCCGAAACGCGAUCAACCAUGUCAAAUCGUGGUGGAGGAGAAUCUUUCGCCAGACUUUAAGAAGAAGUUAGAUGAGUGGCGAAUCAAGCAGCAUCAGCCACAUGUGAAGAAAGAUCAACCGCAACCGGGAUCUUCGAAGGAUUCUCCUACAGACCCUAAGAAGAAGCCGGUAACCGAUUGGCAACUGUGGAAAACGGGUCAGGUCAAACUGGAGGGUCAGGGUCUCACUCAAUUACCGAAUGCGAAGGACUUGCCAGAAGAUUUCCAAAAGAAAUUGUCUGAAUGGAAACAGAUGAAGGCAGCCAAUAAGGUUCCGCCCUACAGCACCCAGUGUUCGACGGCGAGUGAAUCGUCUAUGAAGCGGCAGCAAAGCAAGAAACCGACUGUCCCACCAGCUGAAGCGCAUAAGGGCGAAGGGCUUUCCAAGUUGAAGGCGUUGGUCAGUACGGAUCCACCGAAGAAGGAGUUGGUUGUCCAAACAACAAAGGGGUUCAUCAAGUUCGAAGGUAUUUCGCGAAAAUUCACGCGGCGGUUGUUCGAGUGGGAGAAGGCAAAGGGAAUCGGUCCGGAGGCGUCAACGAUUGCGCUGCUACAUCCCGGGUACGCUCCAGUGGUAGUCGAGAAUGCUGGCGAUGCGUUCGAGAAGAAACGCGAAAAAUCACCCGCUCUCGGUCGAUCACUGUCGAUGGACAGCAUUUCUCCGAACCCCUCAGCACCGUCGAUCUCGCAUCAACCAUCCAGUCUAUCACUGAACGAUGCCGAUGAGCUGAAGGAAAGCAACGAAAAGGACUCCGUUUCUAACAGGCGAGUCUCCUCCAACCCGGAAUUGGAACUGUCUGUUGAACGGGAUGAACCACGUGCUGUUCUGGUAGAAGUCGAAGAUGAUAUUCACGAGGUGGCUAACCCCCUGGCAGUUGGUCCGAAGACUGAUCUUUCCGGUGGUCAGAGUAAAACAGAACCUGAUCACGUUUCACGGCCUUCGAGUAACAGCAGCACCCUCUUGAAAGACUCUACCAAAUUACUGAUUCGGUUAAGCGAGCAGGAUUCUGUUGAUCGAGACGAGGUUCGUCGGCUGAAGAUCGUUCUACGGGCAUUGAUUGCGACACUUCCAGAGUUUGUGGAAACCGGUUCUCGUGAUAGUAUUGCAUUUUUCGCCUACAUGAAGGAUCUCGCACAAGACACUCUACGGCACCUGUUUCGGUUCGAAGACGGUUCACUGAAGGGUGCACUGGAGGUUUUGGAAAACGUCCAGUCGAUCAACUCCCAAGUAGCUGAUCUUAAAAAAUCGCUGCAUUCCUAUAUGAAAUACGCUACGGCAGCGGCGCGGAACGAGGAAGAUAUCCCUAAGAUAAGUAUUACGCCGGCUAUGGGAGCGCAAGCUACCAGUUCGAUUCAAAAGUCGAGCGAUAGUCUAAGAAGCAUGGCCACAAUCAACGUUACUCCGACUUUUCUAUGUAACGCGGUUAAGGUCAACAACUUGGAUCUAAGUAUUCCGCAAAAUAGGUACUUCCCGAUGAGCUCGGAAUCGGACCCAGUUCCUCCAACUUCAUCACAUUCUCCGGAUUCUUCUGCGCACAUUUCCGGAAAUAUUGGUGAUGACAAAGAAAGCAAAAAAGUUGCACGUAAUCUGAGUAACGGUUCGAGGAAGAAAACACGCAUCAAACGAAUGGGUUCCAGACAAAAUAGUAAAACUGAGAGUGAUAGCGACGACAGUCCACCAAACUACGUUCUGGAAGUGCCCCGUAAAACGAAGCGUAAGACUAGUCGGGCCAAAAAACCUGCCGAAUCAUCAGAGAAACCAACCUUGGUCCACCCACAACCCGAUGACGUAGUUUACGUUCUGAAAAUCAAACCUGGCCAGAAGGUUGACCAACCAGAGGCACCCGUCGUCCCAUCCUCAUCUGUUAGUGUUACAGAAGAGGUUCUCAUUUCGCCAACAGAGACUUGCGUUGAACUACUGGAGAACCAAGGAAGCUCCAACUCAAUCAAUAACUGCACUGCAAGCAUACUGGUUAAGACCAAACGGAGGAUCUUCACCACCGUGGAAGGAGAACCUGCGGCGAACAAUACUUCAUUAGUGGUUAGUCACGAUGUCGAAUCUUCCAGUACCUCCGAUCGAAACGAGCAAUCGGAACAACCCAAAACAGAUCAGAAGAUCAUAACAAACCUUCCUCCGCUUCCACAAUCUCCCAGUACUCAAAGACGAAUUGAAAAGAAUGCACCAACUAAGGAACUUUCACCCAACAUUCGGUUGAUGAUUGCCAAGUACAAUCAGCGGUUGUCGUCGGAACGAAGUGGCAACUCGCCACACAGUUCUGGCUCAUGUUCGCCGGUGUGGAGAUCUCCUGUUUUGGAUCGGCGGGUUAGGAAGCAAACUGAGAAGUAUCAGGAAACCAUCCAGUUGUCAAAAUCGGCUAGUGCAGGGAGCUUACGGAAGUCUCUCCACCAGUUGGAGCAAGCUCAGAAAGCGCAAAGCCACAAAGGUGAGGAGGAGGGAGAAAGUGUAGUGGACGGAUCUGUGAAGGUUGUGAAAUCGUCCAGCACUGGGAUGAUCAAAAGCAGCAGACGAAACGGCAAUGACAAAGCGGAAGACGAAGAUGAUCAAAGCGAUUCACCAAAGAUGUCGUUUUUGGCAUAUGACAGCUUGAGGCGCAGGGAUACGUUGUCACGCAUCGAAAGAAAAGAGAUGGACGACAGUGGUUCAGGCUCAGGUAAAACCGAUACUUUGAGAAAACAGCGGUUGUACAAAAAACGAACGGAAUCCCCACAGAGUGCAAGUAAAGGAGCAGUUAGGAAGACUGCCAAAGAGAAAUACACUAGAUGUCGUUCUGUUCCCGGCGAGGAGAUGGUUAGCGAACGCAAUCAGGAGGAGAAGAACAUAACGAGAGUUGAUGGUAAACCACCAAGCCCUCGACUGUUGAUGCGUAGAAAAUUAGUGCAGCAUGACUCUCCUCGAUCGGCACCAACAACGCCCAUAGAGGAGCACAAGGGCAUGAUGCCAUUGAGUCAGCGGGCACUAAAGCUGAAAAAAGCUAAGGAGGACUUCCUGCAGUAUUCAGCAGCAGAUCAAAUAGACCAGCGGCAACAGGUGUGGAACAAUAGGAUCAGCCAAAUAAGUACGACUAGUGCAACUAGUGCAGAUGACAAUGCCAUGAUAAUGAAAAGUUCCAGUGCUGGCAUAAUUGAUAGCAGAUCGGCUGAUGCUGACGAUAGUCAGCAGGAAAGUCUGUACGAUUCACUGCCACCAAGCAUAACGAGCACAGCCAGGGUUGUGGGUGAGGAUGAGGCAUCUUCGAGAACUGCCAGUGUUCAUAGCAGCAGGUUUGGGCUGUCGAAUUUGGCCUCAAAACUGAGGAAGGUUAAGUUGAGAAGAAGCAGCAAGGAUCUCAGCCGGAUGCACACCAUAUCGACACUGUGCCGGCAGAGUUUGAUGGUCGAUAUUAGUGGAGAAGCAAUCAAAAUGGGCAGCGCGCAUAAUCUUGGACACGGUCCUAUCGACGGUAGUGGAGGGGAGUCCCUUAAGAAAUCAGGAAGUGUCCAGGCGAUCUGCAAUCGUUUUCGAAAGAGCAACGAACGAAGUGAUGAGCUCAAGAAAAGCAAGAGUUUAGGAUUCUUGGAACCGGACCGCAAAGGAUCCCAGUGACUAUGUGCUUAAAAGCGUGAGCCAUGUCUACAAGCAUAGUAUUACUACAGCGGAUGAGCUAUCUCAACCCUAGAUAAGUAUCUGUCGAUGUAAAUGUACCAAGUACAAUCGGAUGACGAGGCAAAUUGUGCAGUGAGAGUGUAAUUUUCAUAAACCAUUGUGUCGCACAUUAAUUAAACAAUGAAAUUCGGUGCCAAAGAUUCGCAAGAUGCUGUACACAUCUGCUAUCGUAGUUUCGUAGGAUCUGAAUAAAGUCAGAGAGAAUUCGA